GAUCCAAGCUCAAACAUGAACUCUUUCGCCGUCUUCGCUCUCGUCGCUGCCGCCAUCGCCUCGGCUUCUGCCGGAGGUCUCCACGGAGGAUACGGACUCGGUCACGGAGCCGUCCUCGGUGGCUACGGACUCGGUCACGGAGCCGCUCUCGGAGGUUACGGACUCGGUCACGGAGCCGCUCUCGGAGGUUACGGACUCGGUCACGGAGCCGCUCUCGGAGGUUACGGACUCGGUCACGGUUACGGUCACGGCCUCGGCUACGGAAAAGGCCUUGUUGCUGCUCCCGCUCUCUCUAUCGGAAAAAGCUCAUCCUACGUCAGCGUUCAACACUCUGCCCCUGUGAUCGCCAAGACUGCCGUCCACGCCCCUCUUGCGAUCGGUCACGCUUCUUACGGCCACGGUCUGGGUCUUGGAUACGGUCACGGGCUCGGUCACUACUAAACGGCGCCUCGGAAUGUAAAUAAAUCCUAGAACUACAUUACA